AUGGCGCACAUCUUCUCGCUCGCAGCUCCACCUCCCCCAGCCUACCAUGAAGGAAACCACUCCGGCGACCAAGUGAAAUUCCCAGACACGGGAUUCUUCCAAGGCUUCAACAAGCCCUCGCGCUUGGAAGCCGACAUCUUCGAAUGCGAAACCUCAGGCACAAUCCCAAAAGACAUCAACGGGACCUUCUACCGCGUGCAGCCAGACCACCAAUUCCCACCUCUGUUCGAAGAAGACAUCCACUUCAACGGCGAUGGCUCAGUCUCAGCAUUCAAGUUUGAGAACGGGCAUGUAGACUUCAAGCAGCGAUUCGUGCACACGGAUCGCUUCAAGGCGGAGAGAUCCGCCAGGAAAGCGCUGCUGGGAAAGUAUAGGAAUCCGUAUACGGAUAAUGAGAUGGUGAAGGGGAUUAUCAGGACGGCGUCGAAUACGAAUAUUAUUUUUUGGAGGGGCGUGCUGCUGGCGACGAAGGAGGAUGGGCCGCCGUUUGCGAUGGAUCCGACUACUUUGGAGACGAUCGGGAGGUAUGACUUCGAUGGGCAAGUGUUGGCCCCGACGUUUACUGCGCAUCCAAAGUUCGAUCCGGAUACGGGAGAGAUGGUUUGCUUUGGGUACGAAGCUGGGGGCAAUGGACAUGAUGCGAGCUGUGAUAUCGUGGUGUACACGAUUGAUGAAGAUGGGAAGAAGACGGAAGAAUGCUGGUACAAGGCGCCGUUUUGCGGCAUGAUACAUGACUGCGCGCUUACGAAAAACUAUCUCAUCCUGCCUCUGACACCUAUAAAAGUCAACGAAGAGCGGCUAAAGAAGGGUGGAAACAAAUUCGCAUGGGAUCCAAACGAAGACCAAUGGUACGGAAUUGUACCUCGCCGCAACGGCAAGCCUGAAGACAUCGUAUGGCUCCGUGCAGACAACGGUACCUAUCCCCAGAACCUCAUAUCAAAGUUCUCUCUAACACACGCAGGUUUCCACGGCCACGUAGCAGGCAGCUACGAGGAUUCAAACGGCCACAUCGUCUGCGACCUAACCGUCGCCUCGGACAACGUUUUCUUCUUCUUCCCACCCGACACGCCCACGCCCACACCCUCCACCCUCCUCCAACGCAACAAGCUCGUCUCCGACACCUACCGCUGGGUCUUCGACCCCAAAACCCCAACCCACACACGCGUCCAGCCCGCCCGCACCUACGGCAUAAACGGCGAAUUCUCCCGCAUAGACGACCGCGUGCUAACCAAGAAAUACAACCACUUCUGGCAGUGCAACAUCGACGCGUCCAAGCCGUACAACUUCGCAAAGUGCGGGCCUCCAGCUGGUGGCCUCUUCAACGUCAUCGGACACUACGAGUGGGACACGGGGAGAAAGGAUACGUGGUGGGCGGGUCCCACAUGCACAUUUCAAGAGCCCAUAUUCGUGCCCAGAGAAGGGAGUACAGUCGAGGGCGAAGGGUAUCUCAUGGCUUUGCUGAACCAUCUCGAUGUGCUGCGCAACGAUAUUUUGAUUUUUGAUGCGCAGAAUUUGGCGCAGGGACCGCUUGCUGCGGUGCAUUUGCCAGUCAAGCUGAGAUUGGGCUUGCAUGGUAAUUUCAUUGAGAAGAGGGAGGUGGAUGAGUGGAAGGAGAGGAGGAGGGAGGGCGGGGAGGUAGGGCCUGCGGUGCCGGCGAGGGAGGCGUUGCCGUGGCAGAAGAGGAUGGCGGAGAGGGGGGAGUUCAAGGGAGAGGAGGGCAAGCUGAAUCAGAUGACGGGAAAGGAGGUUGCAAAGGCUGCCAAUGGGGUCAAUGGGCACUGA